CGCCUUUUCUCUCCGGCUCGGGAGCGUCUAGCUCGUGCCCCGGGCCCGCGGCGCCCGCGCGGCUGCGAGCCUCGGGUGGCCGCGCGCCGGCUCCAGGAAGCCGGAGAGGGCGCGGCGGCCCGUAUGGCGCGGCACGGGCCGCGGGGCUAGACGGGCGCUGAGGGACCGCAGGCUUGCGUCCUCCGUUCUUUCCCGGAGCCGGCUCCACGUAGGGCCAGGAGCGGCCGCGCCGCUGGGAGCCGCCUUCGUUGACGCCGGGCACCUACCUGGACGCCCGGGAGCGAGAUGCCCAACCCCAAAAACAGCAAAGGGGGCCGCAAAAACAAACGCGCCAACAGCAGCGGCGACGAGCAGGAAAAUGGAGCCGGGGCCCUGGCAGCGGCGGGCGCGGCAGGAGCGGCGGCCGGGGGGGCCCUGGCGGCGGCGGCUGCAGGCUGCGGGGCGGCGGCGGCAGGCGCGCCGGGCACCGGGGGCGCGGCGGGCGCCGGGGGCGCGGGGACUGGAGCCGCGAACGCCGCGGCCGCCGCGGGGGCUGCAGCCGCGGGCGAUGCUAGGAACGAAGCCCCAUGUGCCACUCCCCUGAUCUGCAGCUUUGGGAGGCCAGUGGACCUGGAGAAGGAUGACUACCAGAAGGUGGUGUGCAACAAUGAGCACUGCCCCUGCAGCACCUGGAUGCACCUGCAGUGCUUCUAUGAGUGGGAGAGCAGCAUCCUCGUUCAGUUCAACUGCAUCGGCCGUGCACGCAGCUGGAACGAGAAGCAGUGCCGCCAGAACAUGUGGACAAAGAAGGGCUAUGACCUGGCCUUCCGCUUCUGCUCCUGUCGCUGUGGCCAGGGCCAUUUGAAGAAGGACACAGACUGGUACCAGGUGAAGCGGAUGCAAGACGAGAAAAAGAAGAAGUCUGGCUCUGAGAAGAACACAGGGCGGCCUCCUGGUGAGGCAGCGGAGGAGGCAAAAAAGUGCAGGCCCCCAAAUAAGCCCCAGAAAGGGCUGAGCCAUGACCUCCCCCGCCGGCAUUCCAUGGACCGGCAGAACUCCCAGGAGAAGGCAGUGGGUGCCUCGGCCUAUGGUGCCCGCUCCCCCGGUGGUUCCCCAGGCCAGUCACCACCCACAGGCUACUCCAUCCUCUCUCCUGCCCACUUCAGCGGCCCCCGCUCCUCCAGAUACCUCGGGGAGUUCUUAAAGAACGCCAUCCAUCUGGAGCCUCACAAGAAGGCCAUGGCUGGGGGCCAUGUGUUCAGAAAUGCCCACUUUGAUUACAGCCCCUCGGGGUUGUCAGUUCACAGGGGGGGACACUUUGACACCCCCGUGCAGUUCCUGCGGCGGCUGGACCUUUCCGAGCUCCUCACUCACAUCCCCAGGCAUAAGCUGAACACUUUCCACGUGCGCAUGGAAGAUGAUGCCCAAGUGGGCCAGGGGGAGGACCUGCGGAAGUUCAUUCUGGCCGCGCUCAGUGCCAGCCACAGAAAUGUGGUAAACUGUGCCCUGUGCCACCGGGCACUCCCGGUGUUUGAACAGUUCCCACUGGUGGAUGGAACUCUGUUCCUAAGCCCGUCGAGACACGAUGAGAUCGAAUAUGAUGUUCCUUGUCACCUUCAAGAGAUGAAACGUGAUUUCCAUGAUGGCCACUCUGAGCCUUGUGUCUUCUGUGCACAGGGAGACUCAUGCACCUGUAUGCAGUAUGCGUGGACUGCCUGGAGGGGGUUCACAAGAUCAUCUGCAUCAAGUGUAAGUCACGGUGGGAUGGCAGCUGGCACCAGCUGGGCACUAUGUACACCUACGACAUCCUGGCUGCCUCUCCAUGUUGUCAGGCCCGCCUGAACUGUAAGCACUGUGGGAAGCCAGUGAUCGACGUGAGGAUCGGGAUGCAGUACUUCUCCGAGUAUAGCAACGUCCAGCAGUGUCCACACUGUGGGAACCUGGACUACCAUUUCGUGAAGCCAUUUUCCUCCUUCAAAGUUCUCGAAGCUUAUUGAUGAAAGCUUUGCUUUAGUAAUAGCUAUUUUAUUGAUAUUAUUACUUUAUUACAUAUCUUUUAUAGGGAAGCAUUCUGUGACAUUAAUUUCUUUUCUAAUUUAAAGGAGAGUUACUUUGUUGUAUGUGUGCCACUAAAAUAGGGGCCCUUGCCCUGUGUUGAUUCCCGAGUGUUAGUCUGUGGUUUUGACAAGAGCCCAAAUGGGUAAUCCUGUGCAUUUCAGUCGGGGUUCACUCUUACCAAGAAUGUUCGAUGCAGCUUUAAGAUGAUGGGGGCGAUGGGGUGAACUUAGGAAAGGAAUUAUGUGGCUGUAAACUAAAGGCUUGAUGGGAGUUGGAAGGAAAUGCUUACUACAAUGUUAACUUUCUAAAAACCUACUUUGAGAUCUUCCUUGGGUCUUUGAAAGAAUAUGUGACAAGUGAAUGUAAGUCUGUGCCUGGAGAGCCAUUAGUCUAUCUCAGCCUAGUGUUCUGCAGCACACGUGGGCAAGCAGUUUACUCACACUGACAGAUGACCUGAAAGUGGCACCAGUGCUGUUUCUAUCACUAUUGUAAUUUGCCAAUCCAUUUUUCAUGCUGAAAAUAAUAUCCAAAUUGUAAGACAUAUGAAAGAUAUUAGUGUUGCAGGUAUUGGUAAACUGACCUAUAGCAGAAUAUGUGAAAUGGAUUUGGAAAUAAUGCAAGAAGGCAGAACUCAAUCAUUUGAAUUGUGUCUUUGAAGUUGGUAAAAUAGCUCUUAAGGAGAAUCCAUGAAUAACAUGAUGUAGGCAAUGAUGAUUUAUUACAGGUUGCCCUGUCGAAGUGUCAUUUGGUGUCAGAUUCUUCUCACAGGUAAAUCUCUCAGCCACAGACUCUAACUGGUGAGCUUCAGAACCAAUAGUUGCACACUUACUGUCCUCAGAAUUACUUAGGGCCAUUUUUAACCCAUUUAAUUCUGAGUUUCCAAAAGCAAAGAUUUGACCUUAAGAGGGAAGGAAAAAAAAUGUGAAAGGAUGAUGAAGAAAAUAAUCAUUUUACUAUUUCUUUUAAAAGUUGGUUUUAUUUGGGAAAAAUCAGUGAUUGUAAUGUACACCAGUAUGUUUGAAAAAUAGACCAUUCUAAAAAGCCCAAGAUACUUUACUCUUGAUGAAAAAAGAUGAUCAUAUAUAUAUAGAACUUGAUUAGUCAAAGAUUGGGCAUUCCAGAAUACAGCCUUUGGUUCAGUAGAUUUUGAUGCAUUAAAUAGACUGACAUGCCAUACCCUUAUAGAAUUGGAAUAUGAUUUCUCAAAAGUGAAUUUGAUAAUUUCAUGUAUGAUAUGCAUAGAGAAUGCUAAAAGAAUGCUGAAAAUAAUUUUAUGAAUAGCCAAAUUUGGGGUUGAUGUGAACAUUUUAUAUUACUCAUUUACCUUUUUUUUAUUGUGUGGUUUUUCUUUUCAGAAGCAUUUAGGCAAUAUUGCAAGUGAGCUUCAGUUCCAUAUGAAGUAUUUGAUGUUUUGUUUGAAACAACACAGCAUUAACCAAUGUAUUGACUAAUACUUUUCAUCUUUCAGUUUGGAUGAUUGGGUUUGCUACAUCUAGGUUGGUAUUUGAUCAUCUGAAAAAUAUUUCAGUAGGAAGAAAUGCAUAAAAUGCCUAUAAGAAGUAGAAGGUCAUUGAACUGACAGUGUUUGAUGUAACUAAAAGAGCACUGUAGGACAUAGCUUCCUGCAAACUUGUUUUUAAUGCACAAAGCUGUAGUUGUGAAUUAACUAUUUCCUUAUUGAUUCUCUCAUGUACCCAGAUACAAAAAGUGUUAAGUUUCUCUUGUCCUCGUAAUACCAUUUGGAUUUUAUUUCUGAAUUUAAAAUAAAUAGUAAAAUAUUUACAGUGCUGAUCUUUAACCCACCUAAAAUUUUAUAGUGAAACCUGCUUUAUAUUGUUGUUCUGAAGCUUACAGUUGACCUAUACAAACUCCUGAAUUUAGAACUGCUGUCGGUGUAGUAUAUGCUGUGUUCCAUGUUGCCUUUUUAGAUGGCUUUCUAUCCCCUGAAAAAUAAAUAUGAUGAGGUUUUAUGGUCAUUGGGUAAAAUUUACUCUUGGACAUUAUUUCGUUGAUAAAGUUAGGAUUCUGUGGAUAUAUUCAGUUACAUAAAGAGAAAAGCAUGAAGAGCAUGAAGCAUAUCUGAGAAUAUCUUUUGCCUUUAAGACGAUUCAUUCUUGUCUAGAGGGAAAAUUUGGCUGAUGUGGGAAUAAAAUAUAAUUGAGUAUUCAACACCAUGAAGGUAAAUCUUAUUUUGCACAUCUACUGACCUUAAUACCCCAGACACUUCUUGAAUACUUUGAUUGGAAUUGGAAUAUAUAAAAAAAGAAUAUUAUUUUUGUUGUGCUUAGGAUACUAAAAGGAUAUUAGUUACCCAAGAGAUCCAAUUUCUGUUUUUCUGAUGAAUAGUGUUCAGUAACAUGAAGCGGUCUUAAGAGUGACUAAUAAUUUCAAAGUGAUUUUUCUUCUACUCUUAGUAUUUUUUAAUUAUUUAUUUUUAAGAGUUUUAUACCUUGAACAAGUACAAUGAUUUGCUUUAGUUUAGUGAGAGGACAAUUUCUGAUUGAUAGUUUUCUCUUCAGGCCAUCUCACCUCUUCAUUCUCUUGUUACAUUUGGAACAGUCAAUAUAAUGGGUUUAUACUUUAAAAGAUGGUGCCAUGAAGUUGAGGAGUUGAGUAAAUUAUCCUGUUCUAAUUGCAGAGGAGCUUUCCUCAGAUGCCCUGUAACUUCUAGUUUUUGUGCAAGAAGUUCAUUUUCUGAGUAAAAGUUAUUUUCAUAUACGUUGGUGGAAAAUUAACUCAUCAAAAAAUAAUCUUAUUAGGUAUUUGAACUCUAAAACUAACAGAUAAGACUGAUACGUACCUUAUCAGAGCACCAAAACUAAUUUGCUAAAGUCUUCUGUUUAAUUCUGCAAGACCGAUGCCUAACACGCAGUCUGUUCUCCUCCUGUGUCUAGGUCGAGAACUCAGGUUUGCUUUUCUGUUUAGUGUCCUGGUAGCGCUGUUGAGUAACUUUCAUUGGAGGUUGGGAAGGAAGUGAGGAGAAAGUGUUCUUGUUUAGUGUUUAUUUCCCUUAAUAGGAUGUUGCCCAACCCUGUUCAUCUCUGUGUCCUGUUGACUGAAUAUUCCAGGUAAUUGAAAGUAAAUAUAACGGAUGGGCUCCAUUAAAACCAGCUCAAAAAUAAGUUCCUGUCAGUAAAGAUUUCUUGUCAAGAUGUCUUGGAUUGCACUUUUGUUGAGGAGGGACAGUGUAAAUAGUUAAAGAGUGUUGAUAAAGUUGAAACAUUUGGUUGUGGAAUUGUAUGUGGUUUUAGAGGGUUUCUGUUUGUGAAAUGUAUGUAUUAAAAAUAAUAAAAUUCCAGAAACUUAACAUUUUA